GAGCUCGGAGCUGGUAGGCACCCGAAGUUUCUUCUCAUAAUGGAGAGUUUGCUUUCUGGUGAUUCGUGUCACACUCCCCACUGCCUUUCCCUCGCAGGAAAGUUAUUCAUAUUUGACUCUAAACGAGCUUCUGUCACACAUGACAGCGAAAGAAGUGAGUUAGUGUUCCGCAGGCUUUCGUUUGACCGGGAAGCCAACGCGUUCCUGGAGGCAGCGGCAGCAGCAGACAUCAUCAGCGGGAGGAGAUCAUCGCAUGUGGAUAUCUUAAAAUGCAAAUACGCAUUAAAUGUGCAGCAGAGAGUCACCACACCGUGCGUUUUGGUGUCGAAGAAGAGUGAGACAGGAGAGGGCUUCCAGUUUAGUCUCCUCACACUGAGCAGCUCAAACCUACUGCAGCCCUGCAUUGAGUUUAAACUCAGUUAUCAAAUCAAGGAGGAUGUGUAUAUCCUCAAGGGUCCCACAGUGUUGUGGAGCCAUGCUGGUGAUGUCUUCUAUACAUCUCUGCAGGCAGGAGAGGUGAGACAGAUCCCCAUUCAGCUGUCCCACAGUGUUGCUGGAGAACUGCCCCUCCACACAGAACAGGUGUUUGUUCUUGGACUGCAAAACGGUCCAAAACAGCGCUUGGCUAUCAAACCCCCAAGCCAAACCCAGGGUUAUUUUAUUGAGAAUGGACAUGUGUUUGAUGGCACUAUGAUAUUGCCCCAUCCCUACAUUUGCCUUACAAGGUGCAUGUUGGUACUCUCAGCGGAAAAGGUGGAUGGAGAUGGGGCGCUGAAAUGCACUCUGGUCGCAGCCACUUCUUAUCAGCAACUUGUUUACUUUGAGAACGGCGCAGUGAAAGACAUCUGUCAGCUCCCCUUUGAACAACCUGAGGAGAUUCAAGUGGUCAACACAGGAAGAAACGGCUGUCUGUUCGCCGUAUCCUUUCACCAAGGGCACGUAUGCGCGGUAUGGAAGGAAACAUUUCAGAUAGCCGCCCAGUGGUCAGAUGUCAGCUCGGUCCUGGUGGAUGACUUCUUGGGAUGUGGAUCAGACCAGAUGCUGUUGGUUUUUAAGGGCCGAGGUGAAACAGGACAGCCACUGGAAAGAUUUCUCCUCACUGACCUGUGUGGCACCUCGUAUGCUCGCUGCCAGGACAGUGAGGCACCAAAGAUAUCUCCUCCACCAGAGAACUACCUCCUCACUCUUCAAGCAUUAGAGUCCAGACUGCAGAGUGGAUUGAGCGUGCUGCAGGAGCUUCAAAGAGAAGUAAGAGUGAAAGAAAGAGUCCUGCAGCAGUCGGUCCAAGCCCUCACUGAUGUGGUCUCGGAGAAAGAAUCUACUCUCACACAGCCAGAGCAGGAAGGCCUCACUGCUCUCUGGGACACCGAUGAUGGGUCCAAGGAGGAGGCCUCGGAUGACAAGACACGAGACAUGCCAGCAGUAUCUUCAAAACCUCAAGUUGACAAGCUGUGGCGUCGCAUUGCCAAGGACCAAUUGGUUGUGGGAGUGAUACUAACUAUUGACAGCUCUGUACCAGUGGCCAGUAUGAGCUUAUCCAUCCUGACAGAGACGGGCCGGAGCUCGACGCCUGCAGUCAUCCAAACCCAGAGCCAAGUGUUCUGGCUCCCUGCACCCUGCUCCUCAUCAUCAUCCUCCUCCUGCUCCUCCUCCUCCUCUGCCUCCACGUUCCAGGAGCCAGCAGCCAAAAGAAGCAAGCAGCACAACGCCGGCAGCCCCAGUGAUCUCAACACAUGCAGACUGGCUGUGACUGCUGUGACCAGGCUGACACCUCUGUUGAACUCUGGCUGUGUCAAGUGCUGUGUCAUGCUCCAUUACGUCCAGAGACAAGACGCUUUUGGCCUCGUGAGCAACCCAACACCGGCCGUCGUACAUUGCGGUCAGGUCGCCUUAAACAUUCACAGUAUUGUCCAAACCCGACUGCUGAAAAACCCUGAACUCAAAACAGAUGAGGUUAAAGAGGACCUGCUGAGUCUGAUGGUGGUGUUGGACCGCUGGGUCUUCCAUAUAUACUGUCCUGAUCACAGCUUAGGUGAUAUAGAUGGCUGGAUUCAGAAAAGAGUGGGUUGUAAGAGGAUAGAAGUGAGUCCUCAGUAUCUACUUUUAGAUUCUUCAGGACCAUCUGCUCUCAUGCUGCUGCACUGGCAUCAGAUAACCCCAUUCCAGGGGGAACUGUCUGUCCACUCCAGCCAGUUACAGGUGCUACAGUUCCUGGACUCUCUUUUGGCUUACCUCCCGGCAUCCUGCUCCAUCCAGCCUGUCAAAGCUUCAAGAGGGCAGGGAGCAGAUCGAAUAUUGUCUUUGGCAUUAGAGAAAGAGGUGGUGUCACUCCGAGAGUGCGCAUCAUUACUACUCUGUGACGAAGAAGAGGAUAUGGAGAGGAAGAGCCUUGGACAUGAGGAGACCCCUGAGCCAGCCUCUGUGAAGGGUCUCCAGAGGUGUCGCGAGGUGUGGCAGCAGGACGUUGAGAGGAGCAGGAAGAGGUUGAGCCCCCUGGUGGAUGUGGGGAGGUACCGUAGGCUGACCCAAAACAUGUCCCAAGUGCUGCUCGAUGGGGAUUUGGCAGCUCUUUUAAAAACACAGACAACUUUGCCCUGCUAAUUUACUGCACAUGUGGUCGUUAUUGGAAAUCUCAGUGCUUAAUCUGUGUUACCUGGACAAUCAUGUUGUACUAACGGGAAAAAAAAGGCUUUAAUAGUAAAUGGUGUCAAGUGUAAUCACAUAGAGGACAGUUCAUUAUGUAUGCACUGCACAUUUCACCUGAGAGCUCCUCCGGUUGCUGGCUUGCUUAUAACCCUGUGUGUCUGCUCCAGCCUCAUGGGGUUUUUAUCUGCUUGGUGUCUGUUGCUGUAGAGAGCCUCGGCCUAUUUGCAUUGGAUCACUUCCUGGGCUUCACAGCCUUAAUCUGAUACUGAUGUGAUACUGCUCUCUGCUUAUUCUUCUGUUGAUGUCCCUUCAGAACCUCUGUGUGUUCAGUAAACACUCUUUAAUGUCAUCGUCUGCUGCUGCCGCUGUGUGCUAUUCAGUAGGAAUCCUCCUCUCUGAGAGUGAGAAGCUGUUUGUGUAUGAAAAAAAGACAACAGAUGAUGGUAGAUGAAAAGGGUUAUACAUCUGCUCAGUGGCUGGAAGUUGACUGAAAGCUUUUAGUUGCAUUUCCCCCCAUGGUUCAGUUAUUUUCAUGUGAAAGGAUAUAAAUAAAAAGUCCUUGGAUGCUGUUCUUCCUGUGAUGCGGCACAGGCUGUCAGCACAGUUUGUUAAAAAUACUAUUCGUCCAAGCAAACAUCAAACCCUACUUUAAAGGACCAUGGCUUUGCUGGAUAUAUACGGUCUGCAGCAGCUUGACCAGUGGUGUUUGAAAAAAUUGCUGUUGAGGUUUUUUUUUUCCUCCCAGUGGGGCAUAAAAGACGAGGAUGUGCAUUUUGUUUGUUCCCAGAGCUGCUCUGUGUGUUUGUAGUGCUCAGUCUGAGGAGAGAUAACCCCCCCCCGUUUACACCUUCAAUGUCUCUGCCUCAUUGCAAGUAACAACUUCCACUGGACUGACUGCUACAGGACUUUAAAGUUUCUUAUUUUCAUGAGUCAUUCCUGAAGUGUUACUUUUUUAAAAAAAAAAAAACAAGAUUUGCAGCCCAAUAAAAUUUUUCGUUAUAUUCAGACACAGAAAACAGAAAACUCCUCCCCUAUGCCUUCUAUCCAGCUGCAAGACGGUACACACCGCUGUCAAUUCUAGCAUCGAAGGAGAGUAGUGAAUUCUGUACAGUAAAUAACACUCAUAAGUGGAUCACACGUGAAAAUGAAAAUUCAAUAGAAUUGGUGUUCCCUUAAAGCCCCGACUGUCACCUAGAGUAAGAUAUAUGGUUUGUCAUCCCCUUAUUUCCUGUUAACUUGUAUUAACUGUGAGUGGUGGUGGAGGGCUGCAGGGUCCCCUCACUUUAAUGGGGAAUGAAAAUGUGUUUGAUGAAAAAACACUUUGGCAACUCAGACAAUGAGAAACAAAAAUCUGCACUCCAUCUAGCUUCAUAUGACUUGCAGUCAAAUUGACAAAUGACAGAUAGCUGCAUCUUGUGACACUUGAUAUAGAAGCUAAUCUCUGCCAGGAAGAAAAAUGUAACUUAAAUCAUUAUUAAAAAAGAAAUUGUCUUGAAAAACCAAAAGCUAAUUUGCUUCCCUGAUAAUACUGUAUGUCAGACCGUUUUAUUAAUGUGUUAUAUAUCAUAUAUAAGGUCAACAAAUAUUUUAAUAGCAACAGUUUAGUUAAAUUGAGUUCCAAUGAUAUUCCAAUUCUAGGCUGAGCCUUUUGCUCACAUUUUAACCAAAGAUUGUUUGUUUUAAUGAUAUCACCUUAAGAUGCAUUAUGAUGAAUGGUGCUUUGCGCUGUUGAUGUCGUCAUGAUGAGUGCACUGGUCUGGUCUGUGCCGGCAGUCGACUGAUAUUGAUUGGGGUCAGAGGGUCCCUGUCCUCUAGACUCUGGAACUAAG